AUGUCAAACUUGUUGAGGGUGUUGGAGAGGCAACGGAAAGAAAGGGAAGAAACAAGGCGUAGACGUGCUGAAGAAGAUCGGGAAGCUGAUGAAGAAGAGGAACUACUGCUUGCAGCAGCGGUGUGUAUGAUGGAUCAAUCAAGGAAUCAAACUCUUUAUAGUACUGGAGUCCAAAUAAAGUUACAUUCUGAAAACCCUUUAUAG